AUGGAUUUGCAAGACACCGACAAUGACGGCCAACAGCAUGUCGUCUCUAAGCAACCACCUCUUUCAAAGGCAUCGACCCCUGAUAAGGAUGAGCGCAGUGAAAGCUUAGAAGAGCGACCACCUUUACCUCCGCGACCUACUACACUGAGUCUAUUGAACGAUGAAACGGGCCCUCGGACAACUCUACAAGCAGAGGCCACCACGGCUCUCUCACGUACCGAUGUUGGGAUACAAUCAUCAGAAGUUGCUGGAGGUCCAUUUUCCACGCUGGCUGCCCGCAGUUUACCACACAGCCCGAAGGCCAAGGCGAGUCUCAGCCAGUUAGCAAGCUCGCGGGGUAGCGAAGCUGGUGACUCGGCUAGCAUUAGGAGCUCAGUCCCGAAUACUGAGGCCGGGGAUGUGGAAGCACUGUUCAUGGAUUUUGCUGCUUCAACCGGUAGCCACGGACAAGCUGCCCCAGGUCUCCUUGACUUUCCCGAAUUCGCGGCCGACGACAUAGAUGACGAUGGGAUCAUAGGCGAAUUUGAGGCAGUCGGCGAACUGAACGAGGAAGGUGAUAAUGAGGAUGUGCUCCUUCAACGGUGGAAGGCAAAGCGCAAGCACUACAUCAUCCUUUCCGCGGCUGGGAAGCCGAUUUGGACAAGGCAUGGGGAUGGUGGUCUAAUAUCUGGCUACGUCGGCGUCAUUCAGACCAUUAUAUCAUUCUAUGAAGAUGCAGAUGAUCACCUGCGAGGCUUCUCUGCUGGUGACACUAGGUUUGUCGUGUUGACACGAGGAUCUCUUCACCUCGUGGCAAUCAGCCGUAUGAUGGAGAGCGACAACCAACUUCGGCUUCAACUCGAAGCAUUGUAUAUGCAGAUCUUGUCCACAUUGACACUACCUUCUCUGACCCAUCUCUUCUCUGUGCGGCCAUCUACCGAUCUGUCGCGGCCCCUGCAAGGCUCGGAAUCCCUUCUCUCAUCUUUGGCAGACAGUUUCACGCGCGGAUCUCCAUCAACGUUGCUAUCAGCCCUGGAGUGUCUGAAAAUCCGCAAGCAGCACCGUCAAGCUAUCAACAAUGCACUGUUGAAGACCAAGGCCAACAGUCUUCUUUAUGGCUUGAUAGUGGCCGGUGGACGACUGGUCAGCGUUGUUCGACCGAAGAAACACUCCUUACACCCAGGUGAUCUACAGCUCUUGUUCAACAUGAUUUUCGAAGCCGAUGGCGUUAAGGCAGGCGGCGGUGAGAGCUGGAUCCCGGUUUGCUUGCCUGGCUUUAACAGCAGUGGCUAUCUCUACAUGUAUGUCAGCUUUCUUGACAUCCGCAACGACAUCGAAAGUAGUGCGGAAAUUACCAAAGACGAGUCCGUUGCCAUAGUCCUCAUCAGCCCCGAUAAGGAAGCUUUCUUUGAGAUGCAAGCGAUGCGUGAUUCCCUUGUGGAGCAAAUGGAGAAAAGCGGAAGCUUGAGGGAAAUAAAGACAGCAAUCGACAAGGGUCGACCGGCAACUACUGAUAUAGUGCCAGGGACUGUGCUUCAUCACUUCCUAUACAAAUCUCGCGCCAACGUACAAUUCACCAUGUCAUCAUAUGCUCCUGAAUUUUCCUCGGUAACACGACGAAGAAGGUUAAUGUCGAUGUACAACAACUUGCAUGCGAGCAUCCACGCCAAGAAUACCCAUGUCAAAGUUCAUCAUUGCGUGUCGCGGUCAGCUACUUCGUUCGGAUGGGUUACUCCUGUGUUUGAAUUCUACUGUAUCGCCGAACCGAAUACUAAUCGAAACGCACUUGCGCAAAGUGCUAGCAAGAUUGCUCAGUGGGUGCAGCGGGAGGAAGAAAGACUGUUUAUCAUUGGCGGCGCGGUUUUCUAA